UUCAUAGUCUGCUCUGGGUCGACUUCAAGUUGUCUAAUUGUAUUCAUCUCUGAGUAGUGCUGAGCAUCAGGCCUCUGCAAGCCUUCGGAGUAGAUCUCUCGGGCUGCUGUUCCUCUUUCCGAACCGAGGGAGCAUGAGCCAUUUGCAGAAUUUGCUGUUAGAUUCCCUCCUAGGAACCAGGCAUGUGGACAGUGCAGCUCUCAUCCGGCUCCAGGACCAAACCCUCUGUGUCUCAUCACCAGGGUUUAAUGUGAUGCCCUGUGAUAUCCUAAAGCUGGUGAAUGGCUUUGCCAGGAACCCUUUGCAAACCCGAAGAGAGGGAUUGUAUUUCAAAGAAAAGGAUUAUACAUGUGUCCGGGCAGAUGACUAUUCUCUUUAUGCUAAGAAUGUGAAUUCUGGCGUGAUUGUUGUGAAGACUCAUCUGUAUCUUGUGGUGUCAACUUACACCAAGGGCAUGUACCCCAGUGUCUGUGUGGAAGCCACGGAGAAGUUGGGUGACUACCUAAGAAGAAAAAGAAGUUAA